GUUCUUGAAGACGUUCCUCAAUUGUCUGAUUAUAUUCCUAGUCUUCCCACGUAUCCUAAUCCAUUGAAGAAAAAUCCUUCCUAUUCAGUCGUUAAUCAGUAUUUUGUCGAUAAAGAUGAUACAGUUGCUCAAAACAUUGUUGUCCGCAAGAAUAGUUCAAGAGGGAUACAUUUUCGUCGAGCUGGUCCUUCCCAAAACGUUUAUUUUAAGCCGGAUGAUGUUAAUGCUUGUAUUGUAACAUGUGGAGGUUUAUGUCCUGGUCUCAAUACAGUUAUCAGGGAAAUAGUAUGUGCCUUACACUCUAUGUAUGGUGUAAGAAGAGUGAUGGGGAUAGAUGGAGGAUAUCGAGGUUUCUAUUCCAAAAACACGAUUCCUUUGACACCUAAGGUUGUGAAUGAUAUCCAUAAACGUGGUGGAACGAUUCUUGGGUCAUCUCGAGGAGGUCAUGUUACGAAGAAAAUAGUUGAUAGCAUUCAGGACCGGGGUAUCAAUCAGGUUUAUAUAAUUGGAGGAGAUGGAACACAGAAAGGAGCAUCGGUGUUAUUUGAGGAAAUUACAAGGCGUGGUUUGAAUGUUGUAGUUGUUGGAAUCCCCAAGACAAUCGAUAAUGAUAUACCAGUUAUUGACAAGUCUUUUGGUUUUGAUUCCGCAGUUGAGGAAGCCCAACGUGCUAUUAAUGCUGCUCAUGUUGAAGCUACCAGUUUUGAGAAUGGAAUUGGGGUUGUGAAGUUAAUGGGACGGAAUAGUGGUUUCAUAGCGAUGUAUGCUAGUCUUGCUAGUCGAGAUGUUGAUUGUUGUUUGAUUCCAGAAUCUGAUUACUAUCUUGAAGGACGUGGUGGAGUGUUUGAGUACAUAGAACAAAGGCUCAAAGAGAAUGGACACAUGGUUAUAGUCGUAGCUGAAGGUGCUGGACAAGAUGAUGAGCAAGUU